AUGCCGCAAACCACAGAACCAAAAAACAAUCUCCCACCCCUCCACACCUACACAAUCGCCUACAUCACUGCCCUGCCUAAAGAACAAACCGCCGUCCUGGCCACUCUCGACACCAUCCACCACCAGCACAUCCCAACCCCCGUAAGCGACAAAAACACCUACACUCUCGGCUCCAUACCACCGCACAACAUCGUCCUAAUAUGCCUCCCUACCAUGGGAACAACCUCCGCCGCGAGCGCAGUGACAUCGCUUCUGCACAUGUUCCCAUCCAUCAGGUUCGCUCUGCUCGUUGGCGUGGCGGGUGGUGUUCCGAGCAAUGGGGUGAAAUUGGGUGAUGUGGUUGUUAGUGUGCCGGUUAGUGGUGGGUAUGGGGGUGUGGCGGGGUGGGAUAGAGGGAUGCUGGUGCGGAAUGGGAGGGUUGUUGUGCAGAAUGAAGGUGGGAUGUGUAGGAGGGAGGAAUUUGGGGUAGGGUUGGGUGUGAAGAAGGUGUUGGAGAGGUUAAAGCGUAACAGUGAGAUGGUUGCACGGAAGAUCAAUGGGUGUUUGGAUGAUGUGGAGGAGAGGUUUCCGCGAUUAGUAUCGAGGUGGACACGGUGCGAUGGGUUGAGAGAUCCGCUGUUGGAACGGUGGUGGGUGUAUUCCUAUCUAUAUUUGCUGGUGUGGGUGUUGUGGAAGGUGGUUGUUGCGGGUGUUGUAGGGCUGCUUGGGUUAUGGGGGUUGGAGAUGAUGGGGGUUGGGUUUGGGUUUGAAGGGGAUGUGGGCAAGGAGAAGAUGAUGAUUGCAGGGGAGAAAAAAAGAAGGAACGUCCGUGUCCAUUACGGUUUAAUCGCCUCAGGGAAUUUUGUUGUUAAGGAUGCGAAAGCUCGUGAUGCUCUUAAUAAGGGGUUUGAGGAAGGUAUAUUAUGUGCGGAGAUGGAAGCAGCUGGGGUGAUGGAUCUGGUUCCGUGUAUUGUUGUUAGGGGGAUCUGUGACUAUGCGGACUCCGGAAAGAAUAAGGAUUGGCAGGAAUAUGCUGCUAUGGUUGCUGCGGCGUAUGCCAGGGUCUUGUUGGAGUCUUUAUCGCCUGGGGAUGUGGAGAUGGUUGGCAAUGCGAGGAAUGAACACCCUGGCUAUCCAGAUGAGCUAGAUUUAGGUAUUCGAAUAUAA